GCCGCCCCAUCGCUGUUUUAUUCUUCCCCCCCCUCCGUUUCCUUCCCCUCUCUCUCUCACUCCUUCUCCACUCUACCUACACCUACCUUUUACUUUACCUCUCUUUCUCUCCUCCCCCUCCAUCUUCCUUUCCAUCGUCACUUUUUUCCUUGCAACACCACCCUCUACUCUCGGUUUCCUUCCAUUUUUUUCCUCUCGGCCCGCUUGGACUGGAUUAAACUCGUCGUUUGUUUUCCUCUCUCUGGUCCUCAAUUUUCGGUUCCUUCGUCUCCAUUGUUCUCACUUGUGACCUUCCUUCCCUUUCAUCUCUUUGUCUUUGAAAGAGGUGGUCCUGGUUUGUCUGUGUGUUAAGUCUCUCUCGUGUUCCCUUCCUCGGUUCAGGCGACCUGUUCAAUUGUCUCCAAAUUCCUCUCCUAUCAUCAGUCUCUCUAUCUUACUCGUCUCUCCAUCUACCACUCGCGAGCUCGCUUCGCACGCGUGUAUCUCUCAGCUUCAGUCGUACACCUCUUCGCCGUUUUCUCUUUCUUCAUCGUGGUUUUUCGGGGUUUCCUUUCUGGCUUUCCUCGGUUUACUUUGUCGCCCAAGAAAAUCAAGCUCAAGAUCCAAAGGUCAAAAUAAACUUUUUUGAUUUCCUUUUUUCCCGUUCAACGCGUUUGAGAGAGAAAAAACAAAAAAAACAAAAAAGAAAGGAAGAAAAUUUGUGGAAUCUCGUUGCCACUUGAAAUCAGUCAAGAUUCAUUUCUCCAACAUGUCCGCUGAUAAUCAGAACGCCCCGCCCGCUGGGUCCUCCUCGAUCCCCGCCCCGGCUCCUUCGGCUUCUGCCCCUGGCCAGAACCAGGGACAGUCGAGCCACAUGCCGCCUCCGCCACUUCCUCCCGUUAUCAUUCCCCAGAACACUAACCCCAUUCCGACGGCUAUCACUUCGCCUAUGUCGGUUUCCGGUGUGACCUCUCCCACUUCCGCGGGAGGUUUUGUUCGUCGUGCGGCCCCUGAGCCUAACAAGCGGGCUCUUUAUGUUGGUGGCUUGGACCCUCGGGUUACGGAAGAGAUUCUCAAGCAGAUCUUCGAGACCACUGGUCACGUCCAGAACGUCAAGAUCAUCCCUGAUAAAAAUAGCAAGGGGUAUAAUUAUGGUUUCAUUGAAUAUGAUGACCCCGGCGCAGCCGAACGUGCCAUGCAAACCCUGAAUGGAAGAAGAAUUCAUCAGGCUGAAAUUAGGGUUAAUUGGGCUUAUCAGUCUAAUCAGUCUAGCAAGGAGGACACCACUAAUCACUUUCAUAUUUUCGUUGGUGACUUGUCCAAUGAGGUGAACGAUGAGGUUUUGAUGCAAGCAUUUUCUACUUUUGGGUCGGUCUCGGAAGCCCGUGUCAUGUGGGAUAUGAAGACUGGUCGUUCCAGGGGCUAUGGAUUUGUCGCGUUUCGUGAUCGCGCAGACGCAGAGAAAGCUCUUAGUAGCAUGGAUGGGGAAUGGCUUGGGUCUCGUGCAAUCCGUUGUAACUGGGCGAAUCAGAAGGGCCAACCCUCAAUCUCCCAGCAGGCUGCCAUGGCUGCUAUGGGAAUGACUCCAACCACCCCCUAUGGACAUCACAACUUCCCCACCCAUGGGGUCCAAAGCUAUGACAUGAUUGUUCAACAGACCCCCCAAUGGCAGACAACAUGCUAUGUUGGAAAUCUAACCCCGUACACCACCCAAAACGAUUUGGUCCCUUUGUUCCAGAAUUUCGGUUACGUUGUUGAAACCCGUUUCCAGGCUGAUCGGGGAUUUGCAUUUGUCAAGAUGGACACUCACGAAAAUGCGGCUAUGGCGAUUUGUCAACUUUCGGGCUACAACGUGAAUGGGAGACCGUUGAAGUGCAGCUGGGGCAAGGAUCGUCCGCCAACCGGUCAAUUCGAUGCCUAUUCUCCCCAACAGCCCAACACUCCUCAAUAUCCUCCCCAAACACCAUCCGCCUACUUCCCGCAGUACGGUGGUCCGAUGACACCUCAAGGGCCACCCAAUUCUGCUGGAGGGCCUAAUGCACUCCAGGGCCAUGGCCCCCAAUCUCCGGCCGGGCCAUCGCCGCCUGGAAGAUGGCAGGAUCAGUCUCAGGGCUUUGGAGGACCGCAGAACCAGACUGCUUAUGGUGGGAUGCCUCAGAGCGCCGGUGGAUAUGGUCGCGGCAAUGGUACCGGAACUCCAGGUGGAUGGGGUGGAAACUCUGCCGGUGCAUUCGGGAGCAAUGGGUUUGGAGCAUACCAACAGUAACUGUUUCGGCCAUACCAUGUUGAGUGCUGCGGGUCACGAGUGCCCAAUCGUCAAAAAUUCCAGCGGUUUUGUGGGAGUGUUAUAGCUAUACACUUUGCUUGAUCAUAAGUAAAUGUAUUGGGGACAGGAGAGUUUUAAUUUUCUUUUUGUUGGACAUGAUUGAUGUGUUUGAAAGCUUUUAAAGAUAUGGAUGGAGAGAUGGGGAGGUGGGGAAUGUGUUGCCGUGGGAGGUUUGGGUCAUUGUUCAUGUUCUUUUACCCUUUGAAGAAGUUAGUUUUUCUGUCGGAUUAACAGUUACGGGUUUUCCUUCUAUCAUUAUCUUAACGAUUUUCUUCUACUUUUUCUUUGUGGUCAUGGAAUUGGGUUUCCCGGGUUUUCACGUGCUCACGCUCUUCUUUUGUUCUGUGUUUGCUCUUGACAUUUUCGCUUCUAAUUGAUUGGGGAAAAGCCUUUUCUAACCUCUCAUCUGUUUUUUUGCUAAAAGGGGUUUGUUGCUUUUUCUUUUCCUCUUCCUCUCUUGAACUGGUUGUUUUCCACUCCAAAAAACCAUUUCUCGUUUUAUUGCUAGGGGUUUUAUGCUUUUUUUCUACUCUUCGUUAUUUCUUAAGGGCCUUGAGACCUCUUCUCAGUUCUCUUCACCGUUCUGUCAACCACAUUUCUAACAAAAACAGGCCUCUUUUGAGCUACCUUGUGAUCAUUCAUCAUUCAUCAUUCGGGCAUAUCUUUAUUUUUCCUACGUGAAGCGUUUAUCAUAUCCUACUGCCUUUUCUACUCUCGGCCCUCUCCCUUAUUUUUAUCACUUCUUGGGGGGUUUUUUGUUGCUCAAUUCCAUUCGUAUCUUUGCUCGCCUAGGGAAUCUUCUUUCUCAUUUUCGCAUAUAUAGUAGUCUCCGAAUCUGCGGUGAGUGGGUGGGCAUGGCACGUAAAGGUGCAGCCGGGGGGGGG